AUGCAAGCGCCCAUGAUCUCAGUGCCUCUCAAGGCCACCAACGAGAUCGACUGGAUCGAGCCGCUGAAAGGAUACAUCCGUAGCACGUACGGCGACGACCCGGAGCGCUAUGCGGAGGAGUGCGCGACGCUGAACCGGCUGCGGCAGGAUAUGAGGGGUGCUGGGAAGGAUAGCGCGGCGGGGAGGGAUCUGCUGUAUAGGUAUUAUGGACAGUUGGAGUUGUUGGAUCUCAGGUUUCCCGUGGAUGAGAAUCAUAUCAAGAUCUCGUUUACUUGGUUCGAUGCGUUCACCCACAAACCAACCGCCCAAUACUCCCUAGCCUACGAAAAAGCCUCCAUCAUAUUCAACAUCUCAGCGGUAUUAUCAUGUCACGCAGCCCACCAAACCCGAUCCGAGGACUCGGGUCUGAAAACCGCAUACCACUCCUUUCAAGCUUCCGCCGGCAUGUUUACGUAUAUCAAUGAGAAUUUCCUGCAUGCGCCGUCGACGGAUCUGAGUCGGGAGACGGUGAAGACGCUGAUACAGGUCAUGCUCGCGCAGGGCCAGGAGGUGUUUCUCGAGAAGCAGAUUGCGGAUGGGAAGAAGGUUGGGCUACUGGCGAAGCUGGCGAGUCAGGCGGGGUAUUUGUAUGGGCAGGCGGUGGAGGGGACGCAGGAGAAUGUUAAUAAGGCGAUUUUUGAGAAGGUUUGGCUAUUGGUUGUUCAGAUCAAAUCCAAUUUCAUGAUAUCCUUGGCACAAUAUUACCAAGCAUUAGCGGACGACGACGCGAACUCACAUGGCGUAGCUAUUUCUCGAUUAAAGGUUGCAGAAGUUGCAGCGAAGGAAGCGAAUAAGCUGGCAAACUCCUUUCCAUCAAACGUACCCGCGAACUCGAAUCUCACCUCGGAAACCGGACCAGCUCUCUUCGAAAUCUCGAAACGACAUUUGGCGAAUGUGCAGGAAAAGCUGGUGGAACUUGUGAAGGACAAUGAUUACAUAUACCACCAGACUGUUCCCGUGGAAGCAGCCCUGACAGUCAUCCCAAAACUUCCAGCGGCCAAAGCGAUACCAGUAAGCGAGUUAUACGCAGGACAGGAUAUUCAAAGAAUUACUGGCCCAGAUAUCUUCCAAAAAAUUGUACCCAUGUCUGUCACGGAAUCAGCAAGCUUGUACGACGAAGAAAAGGCGAAAUUGAUUCGAGCAGAGACUGAACGUGUGGAAAUUGCGAACAGUGAAAUGGCUGCGAGUCUAGAUUAUCUGAGAUUACCCGGAGCGUUAAACGUCCUGAAAGGUGGAUUUGACCAAGAGAUGACGGCAGACGACGAAUUCCGUGGGUGGUGUGAGGAUGUCGCCAGUCAUGAUCGUCCGAACAGUACUUUCGAUUAUCUGAAAACAAGAAAGGAGGACGUAAUAUCUGUACUUGAUAAGAGCAGUAAGCAAUUAGAUAUGGAGGAGAGUGUUUGUGAGAAGAUGAGAUCCAAGUAUGAGCACGACUGGACUCAGCAACCAAGUUCGAGAUUAACCUCUACGCUACGGAGUGACAUCAAGAAUUACAGAGAUGCUUUGGAGGAGGCUGCGCGGAGUGAUACCCAAUUAUACAGCAAGAUGCGACAAUAUGAGGCUGAUUUUGACGAGAUGAGAUCGGCUGGUCAAAUGAAUGAGGCUGAUGUGUUAUUUCAAAAGGCACUAACUCAGGUUGGUGGAGGAAAGAAUGGAAGCCCAACCGGACAGGGUAGUCUGCUGGAUGAUGAUUUUGAGGAUAAUGGGGUUAGUGUUAUGGAUCAGGUCAACAAGGUUGAAGAGAUUAUGAAGAAGAUGAACCUACUAAAGCGCGAAAGAGCGCAGGUACUGAAAGACUUGAAGGAGAAGGUGCACAAUGAUGAUAUCUCACAAGUGCUCAUACUCAACAAAAAGGCCAUUUCAUCAUACGAAAAUCAGCUCUUUCAGGCCGAGCUUGAAAAGUUCCGACCUCACCAGAAUCGAUUGUUACAGGCAAACCAUAAGCAAAGCUCCCUGAUGAAAGAUUUAACCGCUACAUUCAAUGCAUUAUUACAGGAUAAGAGGGUUCGAUCGGAGCAAAGUAAAUAUGAGAAUAUUAACAGACAGAGGACGACUAUUAUGAACAAGUACAAGAAAGUCUACCAGGAAUUUUUGGAUCUUGAGGCUGGGCUUCAAAGUGCGAAGCAGUGGUAUAGUGAGAUGAAGGACACGGUUGAUAGUCUGGAUAAGAACGUGGAAACAUUUGUCAACAACCGUCGAUCCGAGGGAGCACAACUCCUGAAUCAGAUCGAACAGGAGCGAGCUGCCAAUGCAAGUGGGCAGGCUGACAGGGAAAGAGAGAGACUUCGAGGACUUAUGGAACGAAUGUCUAUGGAUCCUUCGACGUCUCCUUCAUCCAACAAACCACCUCGUACUGGUUCUGCUGGAGGAUAUCAGAAUCCAUCACCAACAACAAGAUACCCAUCAACCAAUUUCGCUGGGCAGUAUCAAGUAUCCGCAUCUCAUCAGAAUCCUCAAACCAUGGCACAAUCACAUGGAAACCUCUCAUCAUUUACACCUCCAAACAACUCCCAAUUCGCGGUACCACCUCAAAAGCGUCAUCCUCCAGAUAUCUACAUAGCCAACAAACACGCUUCCGCCAUCCCCCAAGGCGCCUACAACCCCUCAACCUACCACCCCCGCGAAAACCCCAACCAACUCUUCUCCGCCCCCGCCAACCAAACACAUUUCGGCCAAAUGUCUCCACCACCCUCACAAACUCAAUUCGCGCACAUGUCGCCACCGCCUACGCAGACGAGGUUCGAUCCAGGGCAGUAUGGUAGACAACAACCUACGAGUCCGAUGCCUCAACAGCAGUUCGUGCCAGCGGGAUACGUUCCCCCGCCUCCGCCGCCGGGUCCGCCGCCGUUGGGUCCCCAGCAGACUUUCCCGGGCCAGAGCGAGUAUGGGCAGCAGAGGCAGAGUACGCCGCAGCAGGGGGGCGAUCCUUGGGCGGGGUUGGGUGCUUGGAGGUAG